GUUGAUAACUUUGACCUUCAUUUGACUUUGACGCUAACGACAACCUGCGACAGCCCCUCAACACCAUGACCCUUGCCAAGCCCUCGCCAUCAUGAGGUGGCUUCUAAAUUUGCUGAAGACGAGAAAGGCUGAUCCGAAGGUAUGCUCAAGCUUCGGAGUAUUGCAUACAUCGACAGCACCAGCACCAGCACCAGCUGCGCUGCAAGGCGACCGCCGUAGCGCUUGUCGUGACCCCAGAACUUCCGCAGAGACCUUCCUCAAAAGACACACCUCGACCGACGUUAAGGAAGACUCCCCUCCGAUACGGCCUCCGUGGCAUCGAAUCGAUUCCGGCGAUAUUAGGAGGUACGAAAAUAAAGCUGAGAGAAUUGCAAUUAAGAAGCCAGUCGGGGCGGAGCGGGGAGAUAACUUGGAGCUUCGGCCUGGCGCCAUCACAACGAAGAAGCAAGAGUAUCAAGAGCUUCUCUCCUGA